AUGUUGUUGGCAGCAGUAACCUCUUUCAGUAUCUUUACUGGUAGUGUGGUCUCUUUGCAUUGGAAGAACAAAUGCUUGGAAGAUUCAUCUUUGCCACAGGAUACACAGAUUGAAGCGACUGGGUCACCCCUGACGAGCGGGAGACAUUUGGUUACAUACUUCCAAACCAGAUCUCGACCCUUUGGUAGUACGAUGGUAGAGAGAGCAGCUAGUGCAUUCAUUGGAUACACUCUGUCAUCGGUUGCUAGGAUCUUUUGGCCUGGUGUCGGGUCGUACACAUUCCACUUUUCGUUGGCUAUGGCCAGCCUUUGGAGGUACACUUGCUUGAGAGGUACUCUUCCUCUUUUGUCUGGUUCCAUUGCUGGCUUGGAUGAAGAGAGAAUAGAAGAAGAUGAAGGUGUUGACGCAAAUAUGGCACCCAUCUUCUUCUAA